UUUCGACUCAUGAAAAUUAAUGAGUUCGUUACAGUAGUUAGUACGAUUCGUGAAUUUGCAUCCGGAGGCGGCGCUACGCAUAUCGUGGCAUCCUGACCAACCGCAUAGACGCAAGAUGUGGGCGAGGGCAAAACCCGUCCCCGGAUUUCUUUAACGGGAGAACUGCUAAAGAGAGAUGGGCGUGACAACGGAGUGUCUGGACUAGACCGAAAACACUGUUCUCCACGAUUAAGACACCGGAGUGUGGCAAUGCAAACCGCGCGACGUGAUGCGCGUGCCAUCCAGUUUAACACACACGAGUGAUGAAGUAACAACACGACGCCCGAUAUUAAGGCCAUACGCUGAUUGACAAGCCAAGGAUAUUCAAGGCAGGGGUCUAGAACAUCAUCAGGUGGGUGAAGUAACUGUGGUUGGCGAGAGGGUUGGGAUGCAGAUAGAAAUCGUAUUAAGUUUCCAUUUCCUCUCCCUUUGGUGCUUAUAAGAAAAAGUUGCCGUGAGUCGUUCUUGUGGAUAUGGUUUUGGAAGGGAGUUCUGAAGCUCUUUGCCCUCCUCCGUCCUUGGAGCUGCGUCCAUCGUGCAACAAGAGCCAUCCGUCACCUCCUCUGGGCUCAGGGUCCCAGUCCCAUGAUGCCCUCUGCCCUGAGGACAAGGAGCCCAUCAAGUAUGGGGAGCUGAUUGUACUUGGACAUAAUGGUUCACUAGCAAGCGGGGACAAGGGCCGCAGGAGGAGUCGGCUGGCCCUUUACAAACGACCCAAAUCCAACGGCGUCAAACCUGAUGUCAUCCACAACGUCUCCACACCUCUGGUGUCAAAGGCCCUAAGCAACAAAAGUCAGCACAGCAUCUCCUACACACUGUCCAGGAGUCAUUCUGUUAUUGUGGAAUAUACACAUGACCCCAACACAGACAUGUUUCAGAUCGGCCGUUCCACAGAGAGCAUGAUAGACUUUGUGGUGACAGACACAGCGGGCAACGGUGGUGGAGGACAGGGACAGGGGGGCGCAAACGGAGAGGGAGGACAGUCAGCCCAGAGCACGAUCUCCCGCUACGCUUGCCGCAUCAUGUGUGAACGAAGUGCUCCAUACACAGCACGAAUAUAUGCCGCGGGCUUUGACUCUUCCAAAAACAUCUUCCUUGGGGAGCGAGCUGCUAAAUGGAGGACCUCAGAUGGUUUGAUGGAUGGCCUAACAACCAAUGGGGUGCUUGUGAUGCACCCAGCAGGGGAGUUUGUAUCUGAGCCCGCUCCAGGGGUGUGGAGGGAGAUCUCAGUAUGUGGGAAUGUUUUUGCCCUUCGAGAGACACGAUCUGCCCAGCAAAGAGGAAAACUGGUCGAGAAUGAGUCGAACAUGCUGCAGGAUGGUUCUCUAAUCGAUCUUUGCGGGGCAACUCUGCUCUGGCGGACCCCCAGCGGUCUUUGUCACACCCCGACUCUCAAACAGCUUGAGUCUCUACGGCAAGAACUAAAUGCUGCUCGUCCACAAUGCCCUGUGGGCUUCAAUACACUCGCCUUCCCCAGCUUGGCCCAACGCGCCACCAUCGACAAGAAACAGCCCUGGGUCUAUAUGAACUGCGGCCACGUUCACGGCUACCACAACUGGGGGUUUCGCAAGGAAAAGGCAGGAUCGUCUGCCUUGGCGUUAACUGGGGGCGGAGGAACGGCUCCAGCUACCACUGGAGAGCGCGAGUGUCCCAUGUGCAGAGGUGUGGGCCCCUAUGUGCCCCUCUGGCUCGGGUGUGAAGGAGGGCUGUACCUGGACGCAGGCCCCCCGACGCACGCGUUCUGCCCCUGCGGUCACGUGUGCUCGGAAAAGACGGUGCAAGGUUGGAGUCAAAUCCCACUGCCGCACGGAACGCAUGCCUUCCACGCUGCUUGUCCUUUCUGUGGAACUUGGCUGACCGGAGAACAAGGCCACAUUAAACUCAUCUUCCAAGGGCCGGUGGACUGAGAGGAACUUACCACUCAGAAAGUGUGACGUUAAAGAGAUAAUUCACCCCAAAAUUAAAGUUUUUAUCAAUUUUUACAUACCUUAAUGUCGCUCCAAAACCCAUAUGAUUUUCCUUCU